UUCACCACACAGUUUUUCUCUGGUCAUUUCUUUUACCAUUUUCUCAAUCUUUCUUCUUCUUCUUCUUCUUCUUCUUCUUCUUCUUCUUUCACUCUGCAAUUCUCUCAAUGGCAGACGGCUCUCAUUCUCCGAUAUCACUAGAUUUUCACAGCAUUCUUGGAAUUUCUAAAGGUGCACCAGUUAAAGAGAUGUGUAAAGCUUACAAAUUUCUUGUUAAGAAAUGGCAUCCUGAUAGAAAUCCAUCUAACAAAACUGAAGCACAAGCCAAAUUACAACAAAUUAAUGAAGCUUUCAUGAUCCUUAAUGAGAAAAAGAUUAAAGAAAGCACAAAAACUAUUGAUUAUGAGCCUAUAACAUCACCAUUGAGUGAUUUGCCAUCAGGACGAACUUCUUCUCAUCGGCAGAAAAAGAGUAUGGAUGAAAGCUUCUUUUCUCGGCCUUCGGUUCACUUAAAAAGUCUACGUAAAAAAAGUCGAACACCUUCCCCGACUCCUACCUAUUUAUCGCAAAAUGCAAGCCGGAGAAGCAUAUCUCCGGCACCAGAUACCUCCCGGUCAAAAAGCACCGGUAAAAGGUGUACCCCAGAAACUAAAUUCUCUUCACUAGCAAAAAGUCGAACACCUUCCCCGACUCCUGCCGAUUUAUCGCAAAGUGCAAGCCGGAGAAGCAUAUCUCCGGCACCAGAUACCUCCCGGUCAAAAAGCACCGGUAAAAGGUGUACCCCAGAAACUAAAUUCUCUUCACUAGCAAAAAGUCGAACACCUUCCCCGACUCCUGCCGAUUUAUCGCAAAGUGCAAGCCGGAGAAGCAUAUCUCCGGCACCAGAUACCUCCCGGUCAAAAAGCACCGGUAAAAGGUGUACCCCAGAAACUAAAUUCUCUUCACUAGCAAAAAGUCGAACACCUUCCCCGACUCCUGCCGAUUUAUCGCAAAGUGCAAGCCGGAGAAGCAUAUCUCCGGCACCCUCGCUAGAGGAACUAUGCCGUGGAUGCAUCAAGAAAGUUAAGAUCACUAGAAGUUUUCUCAGAAAUGGGAUAAUUGAUCAAGAAGAGGAAGUGUUGAAGAUAAGAGUACAGCCAGGAUGGAAGAAAGGAACAAAAAUAACAUUCGAAGGCAAGGGAGAUGAAAAACCAGGCUAUCAUCCAGCAGAUAUAAUUCUCGUCGUAGAGGAGAAACGACAUCCCUUAUUUGAAAGGGAAGGUGACGACUUAGAGUUGGCACUUAAAAUCCCUUUGGUGAAGGCUCUCACUGGCUGCUCAAUUUCAGUUCCAUUAUUAGGAGGAGAGAAAAUGUGUUUGUCGUUUGAUGAUAUUAUAUAUCCAGGAUUUGAAAAGGUCAUUAGAGGCCAAGGAAUGCCAACCACAGAAGAAGGAAAGAGAGGUGAUUUGCGAAUUAAAUUUUUCGUAGAAUUUCCAAUUGAAUUAAGUGAUGAACAACGGACUCAAGCUUCUAGUAUUUUACAAGAUUGUUUUUCUUGUUGAUCGUAAUUAUAGUUUAAUUAAUUAAUUUGAUAAACAAGAUAGUGUAGAUGUUGCUGUAACAGUACAUUCAAUAAAAAUGACUGUUCUUGAGUAGAGAAA